GCCACCUCUUCGCGUUACUGUCGCUGUGGACGCGGGCGGUUCGGAAGGCUUCGCUGCUAGGAGAUAGAAUAGUACGAGUGAGAGCAGAAGUGAACGAGUGUACGAUCAACAAUCGACAGUCAAUUUUCAUCGAGUGAUAAAGAUCGCGGACAGACAAUUUUUUGUAUUUUUGUACUUUUAUACACAUAACAUUCAAAAGCAAGACGACGGAAGAAAGGAAAACGAUUCAACACACCCUUAUAUUAAGAAUAAACUGAAUUCUCAUUGCUUCAGUAGCAUCUCUGAGGAACACCCACAAAUAUUUUAAGGUUACGCUGUACUUCAAGUUAGUCUUCUGGACCAAGACUGCCACAGAAGUAUCAUAGCAGUACGAGAGAAGAGGGUCCAGAGCAGACUACAGAAAAGAGGUUCCCACAACGACCUGCACUCUUAAAUCCAGAAGUAGCAGCAUCUUUCAGGCAUUCGUCUUUAUUUCUGCAUGUAUGUGCGUGUCUGUGUCUGGUAUACAAGAGAAUCCUCCCAACAAGCUGUGAGCGUUAUACCAAAGGUCUAUUCCUAUCCGACAAGUUGCAGUAAAACGUGCAGUCCAAAUUCCAACACACUCGCGUGAAACGUAAUCAAAACAAACGUCCAAGAUGCAUAUAGAAGUUCAAGUGGCUCUCAAUUUCGUCAUCUCAUACUUGUACAACAAACUCCCAAGACGGAGGGUAAACAUCUUCGGAGAAGAAUUGGAGAAAGCACUGAAGGACAAAUUCAAGGGUCACUGGUACCCAGAGAAACCUUUCAAAGGGUCGGCAUUUCGGUGUCUGAAGACUGGAGACCCGGUAGAUCCAGUGCUAGAGCGUGCAGCCCGCGAGAGUGGAGUUCCUAUCCAGGAUGUGCUGGAGAACUUGCCCCAAGAGCUGGCCGUGUGGGUGGAUCCAGGAGAGGUGAGCUACCGCAUCGGCGAAAAGGGCGCUGUCAAGGUUCUAUUCAGCGAGCUGGCAGACCCACAUGAUGAUUCCUCUGCAGAUCGAGAGGUCACUAAAACCUUCAACCCAGAAGCACAGUGCUUCAGACCGAUUGAGGCUGUGGGCUCAACGUUAGGAAGCCUUAGUCUCUCCCCAAACAAGUCUUCAUCUCCAUACUCCGGUGUGUCAACCGGCACAGUCGUAGGUCCAGUCAGAGUGCAGGCAGUGUCUGCUGUGCCCGUAUCAGCGGGUGGCGGCCAGGGGGUCGCAGUGACUUCAGGCUCGGGGACAACCACGGCUACCUCCUCAGCGUCGUCGCCUACCCCACUGACGGCUCCCUACAAGGGAUCCCCCAGCCCGGUGACGUCUUUCAUCCCCCGAUCUACAGCACCGCUCACCUUCACUACAGCCACGUUUGCACAGACCAAGUUUGGAAGCACCAAGUUGAAGACCAAUACCAAACGAGCCAAUAGAAUGUCCCCGACAGAGUUCUCCAACUAUAUCAAGCAGCGCGCGAUCCAGCAGCAGAUACAUCACCACCACCACCACCAUCACCACCAAGCAGCGCCGCCGUCCCCCACCGGGCGCUCUCUGUCACCUAACACAGCAGCAGUCACUGCGGGGCAACAGCCCCCAGACCCGACGGGCUACUUCUUUCAACCUGCUGGCCCGUACCAUCCACAGUUUCCGCAUCGCAAUCUCUUCGAGGCAGCCGCAGCUGCUGCUUACAUGCCAGAACUGUACCCAGCAGCAGCGACCAAGUUUCCGGGAGCCACCGCUUCGUCCUAUCUAGACCCUGCCUCUGUUGGCCACCAGUUCUACAAUGGAGCUUCGACCAACGCCAGUAACCAAGGUAGUGUCCAGGUCAACAACAAUGCCACGUCCUCGACAGCUCCUCAAGACAACGGCAAGCAACUCCUUGAAGGCCUCAACAACUUCGGCCUGGGCUCCGUGGCUCCUUAUCCGCCCAGUCCCUACCAACACCUCCUUGUGGCAAACUAACUACCCGCAACAACCAAUGUUUCGGAAGGACUGUGUUUUUAAUCCUUUCCUAGAAAGUCAAUUCUGCAAACGCCUCCGAACUUCCGAACUACUACGACAUUAACAUGCCCUCCGACGUAUAUGUCAUAAUUACAUCCCCUAGCCUUAAAUUUUGGUGCAUUUAUAUUCACAUUAUAUCCUCGUGUAUUCUUACACCAACCGGCAAACUCAAUAAACAGAGAAUCUCGCCGAUGAAAACCCAUAACCUACCGAACCAAAAUUCCACAUUUUCUUGGGGCAGACUUGCUACUAUUCUAAAAUAGCGACACGAUUAAUUACAGAGCAGACGCAAUUUACCGCCAAGACCAACCGGCGACCAGACCAGAAUAUUUACCAUAAUAUCAGCACAAGAUUAUUGCUGUAUUUGAAAAGACUCCAAUAGUGAGUUGCAAGGGAGUUUUGUAUUAUACAGUCGAAACAAGAAUCCAGUCGAAUCAGCAAGAACAGGGUGGGAAGAGUUAGCAAUUACACAUCCACGCAGAGGGUAAAUCUUUGUUGUUGGUAUCUGCAUAUAUGUCAUCCUCUUAUUUAUUUUCGCGUUACGUCAUUACCCAUAAGCUAUUAAAUUUUCAUUAUUUCCAAAGUUUAAACAACCAGUCUUUACUGAAACUUUAGGCCACAGAUGUUACUCGCCUGCGUCUGUCUAUCCGAUAGGCACAGGAACAUUUGUUUUUCUGUUCUGAAAUUGUUUUUACUGAUGCUUGUUUACUGUGCACAACUUUAUUAACUGGUCUGCAUAUUAUAAAUUAAGUACACUGCGCCAAUUAUUCGUUUCACUAACGACUUUUAUUUGCUGUUUGCCUUUAAAAUGUAAGGAAAUAAUAGAGGAAUGUGAACUAUCAUGGAUUAUAUUGUUAUAAAGCUGUAGCAGAUGUAAUGCCCGUCUGAUGUUAUAUGUUAAUUCUCAUUUCACACUGAAUAAAUUGCAAAAAAGUGGCAUAGAAGACUGCAGAGUGCAAACUUACCGACAAAAUAAACAUCCUCGGUUCCAGUAAAAUAAUCAAACAUAAAUGCUCAACAAUUAAUCCUGGCUAUAUUAAUAGGGAUCGUCAUCACCAAGUAGAUUUCACCUACUGGCAUAUGCGAUGCUUAUUCCAGCAAAGCUGCGCGUUGCCCCACACAAAUAAAAAUAGUUUUGGACAAAAUCCGAACGGAAUUAAGGUUUUAACAAUAUUUGUUAUCACUUAUUAUUUCAUAACAUGGCAAUGCAGCGAAACAGCACCAGGCAAAUUGGGCAUAUAUAAAACAAAUGUAUAAAAAUCCAUUUAUUUUUUCACUGGAGUAGGUAUAUAAAAGUAACGCUGUUAAUAUGUGCGAUAAUAGACAUAAUAAAAUGUGCAUAAUUUGUAAAUAAUACAAAGUACACUAAUCAUCACGUCUAGUCCCACCUGCACACACUGAUAUCAGCAACAAGGCCUCGCCUACACCAGGGUAAAUGUUGCUGCUCGCGUCUGUUGUUUGCGACAACGAAAAGAAAGUUACAGUUUUCGUUGUGGCAUGCAUAUUCGACGAGGUGCACAGUUUGAGAAAAGUUUCGAAACCCAUAAUUAGCUAGCGAUACGGAAAGUACUUAUUAAUUUGUCUUUUCUCUCUUCCACAUUCAUAGGCCUACGGAAAUAACACAUUCAGACAUGAUAUGAAAUUCAGUGCUUUCGCCCUACGAAAUGUUAGUCGUAUUUCCAGAUUUCUCUUGCCCCUCGGUAUCUUGAGGGAAGGAAUUCAGAAGAUUUCGCGAAGCUCGUAGAAUUCUUACUGUGCUCCAAGUCUGAAACUAUCUUUAAGUAAUUCCCUGACGAAAUAAAAUUCACUAAGUUCCGCGAUUCAAUUGCACUUAAACCAAAAUAGUAUCUCCGCGACUUAUUAUACUCAUGUCAUCUGAAUUUCGUUCCUACGUUUUAAAAUGUGUUCAUAAUUGGGAGGAUAUGCUGUAAAUUGAUAAAGGUAUAAUGCGAUCCCCGCAUAUGAAAAUACAGAAACAUCUUUGUAUUGUUAAACUAUGUAUAAGAUAAAAUUUAUGUCAGUAUAAAUGAAUCUAUAAUGCUCUGUAAGUUUCUUGUUUAUUCAUACAGGCUAUGUUUACAAGACAAAACAUGUUUAAUUGAAUAGUGUGAUAGAUACAUUUUUCAUUAUAUUUUACAUUUUGGAUAAUUUUGUAACUUUUUAUAGAAACAUUUCUUUUGUACUUCAACCAUUAUUCAUACUAAGUAUUUCACUAAUACUAAGUGGGUAUAAAGAAGGGCUAGCCUACAAAUACAGAACUGUUCGACAUGACCAAGUUUCUCAAAUUAAGCCAUAAUUAUACUGAAGCAAGGCAUCAGCAUUUCAAAACCGAGCUCCUGAAAGCCUCUAUUCAAUUCACAACUGCGUGGCAUAAAAUCAAGUGGAACUUCUUUAUUGCCACGUGUGAAGACGAAAGGUUCGAAGCGAUCCUUCCGAAUGUGUGGAGUAUCUGGACUUCUGUGUAUUAGCAAAAUCUGAAGUAAUGAAAAGUUUAUUAGUUUUGUAGCUAUGAGCUGGAUACUCCAAAGUUUAUAGCUGAAGUUGCUCCACUUUCCAAACAGAGCAGUUUUGCACUUCCUAUGUUUUAUUUCCCUUCAGGAACAGACAAAGCAAGUUUUCUCAUCCCUGACAAAGCUAGGCUGUGUUGAAUUACGAAAACUCAAAAUAUUUUACACUGAAGUUACUUUAUCACGGAUGCCUGUUCCGUGGUUAUGAAUACAAUUGGAGUUGAACGUUAUUUUGAGUUAAUUACAAAAAUCCGUCUUGUUUAUUAUUGACGAAGAAGUGCAAUUCACAUACAUUAUACAAGAUUCGUGUGAAGCUGUUUCAAAAUAAUUAUUUUCCAAAAUUUGGACUCUGCUUGCAGUAAACUAAUGCUUUAUCAACAAUUUUUUGCAAUACGUGCCGCUUUCAAGUAGUUGAUAGGUGAAACUGUCUAAUUUAUCGACAUAUGUUAUUUUGCGCUAUAAACUGGCAUUCACAGGAGGAUCAUGGCAAGACUUUCGUUAAAACUGUAUGAUGACAGAAGUAUGUAGAGAACUUUUACAUAGUUACCUUUGUACAAGUGUUUUAUAUCCCAAUGUGCAGUACAUACAUGCAUAUUAUAUGUGUAAAUGAAACAAAUGCAUGCAUUUUAUGUGUGCGUGUGUAUGUAAUCUUUACUGUAAAUAAUUCUAUUACAAUAUCAAUUGGUGAUUAGUCUAUAUUUUAUUCAUAUUUUAUGAGCUAAAACACGCUACAGGUUUACGUUUACGGCGUCCUAAGAUCAGUAUUUGUAUCGCAUAAUAUAACAGAAUAUGUACAGAAAAAUGUUGCGCGUUCAAAAGAAUGGACGCGACAUUGUACGGCAUACCAUGCAGCCAGAAUUGUAGGUGCACUUUGCAAAUGUAACACAGUGGGUUUGAUACAUAAAAUUAAUAUAAAGUCAGUAAAUACCACUAAAAGUAAGUGCACAUACAAACUGGAAUAUUCCGUUAUAGCAUGCGGUAAACAUUGUAGUUCCACCGUGAAAUAAAAAUCAUGUGUAACAUCAGUGACCCAUAGGUGAUAAUUUACAGGUAUAUUUCAGACUUGUAUAAAUAUUAUUAGGUCUUUCUGUACAGAGUUGUUAGGUAGUCCAUAGAUUUUUCAUACUUUGUUUUAAUUUUGUUCCUUUAUUUUUUCACUGAUUAUUACUGAAUAGAUUAAUAGUGCUAUAGUUAUUGUUUUUACCAAAAUAUAUUUUUGUUUAAAAUGAUAUUGUUAUGUUUGAUGUAAUAUUUCUUAAACUUUAUGGGAUGUGGUUUACCUUAAAUGAUUGCAAGUUUAACAAUAAGGAAAUGGUAAAAGGUACCUGAUAUUAGUUAUCUUGUGAAAGAUGACAGUUGACUGUUGGUUAUUGUUACAUAAUAAUGUUAGGAGAAGGGUUGAAGGCAAGGACUGGUACUACAGAGUUUGCCUUUUGUUUGUUAGUCAUUUGUACGCUGUUCGUUAUUUGGAGGUACAAAAUACAUUAUGGCCGACGAUGGCUUAGGCAGGUCGAAAAAGUCGCAUUACCUGUGGUGGUUGACUACUCGCCUCCAGAAGUUCCAAUUCGACAAAUCUACAUUAGUGGUUCUUAAACUUCUGGACUGCAUAAACCUCAUCAUUCUCUCAUUAAAGAGCCUUGUUUCUCCUUAUGUACAGCACUGAUGCCUAUUAUAUCAAUAGGUGUUCUGCUGCCUUUUUUGUUCAUUCUUGAUAAUAGUUCAUCGUGUAUUUGCAAUUUUUCCUUCCUUUGAUCAAAAUGUGUUUUAAUUUUAUCUAGUCUUGAUUAUUAUGCUCGGGACAUCUUUUAAUAUUUAUCUUAACGAGCUUUAAGAACCGUUUUUCUAGAAAGAUAUUUCUAGGUUGGCUAUUUCAUUCUUCCUUAAAUGUUAUCUUUGGAUUAGUUAACCAGAAUUUAAAGUACUGAUUCAUUAUUAAACACGAAGCAAUUGUUUUUAUGUAAAUAUUAUUGAUAAUGGCGAAUGGAACCGUGUUGACAGUGCUGUGAAGAUUAUUACAUUUAUCUUUUUUACCUAACGUGAUUUUCCAGUGUCAACAUUAAAUUCAUUAUGUCAAUAUAUUUGUAGAGUAGGAAUUCACGGUUACCUACAAUAGAACGAACUUACUGGAAGUUUCUCGACUAUGGAACGGUUUACUGUUGGCCAAUCAAAACCUUCGGUCUGCAUAUGACUGACGCGCGUGUGUGUGUGUGUAUGUGUGUGUGUGUGGGUCGUUGAGAUCUUAACAGCGAUUCAAUUGGUUUUGUCAAUGAAGAGAAAAAUGUUUCCAGAAGAAACAGUUUGAGAGACAACUGAAUUUCCCACAUUUAAUACAACACACUGGCAUCAUAGUGCAUGUAAUUUUUCUACGGCAGUUUGCGCAAUAAGUGGACCCUGUUAACACAAAGCACCCUCCUCCCUCAGAACUGUAAACGUGUAAUUGUGUCACAGGUAGCUUAUACAACUGUAAAAGUUUAAAGGACAAAACCCAAUCAACAUAUUUUUUCAUGACUUUAUAGUUCGUAUACUUAGGCUACAUAAAUACGUAAUGAACAUUACAUGAUUCUUUUAUAUAUAUAAACUGACGUUAAUAGAUAUCGAGUAAAUUACAGGCGAAUAUAAUUUCUGAAUUUGUCGUCAUGUUUAUUUCUGUACCUCCCUCCAGAAAACGGGUGUUUUUUCUUCCGCGGACAGGUGGAAAAUUGCAGCGCAAACCACCCCGCAAAUAACGCUUAAUUUUGCGACAGAGGUCAGUCGCUAAUUAUUAUUGUAAUGUUGCAGUUUAGAAAACUAAGCUUCAACGUUGAUUUUUUCACCGUGUUGAACGGUGUGCGACGCUACAUUAAGUACAUGAUAGAUAAUGAAGUACAUGUUAUUUUUAGACUUGCUUAUAAACAAUACAAAUAUCAAUCACUAGCUGUUAUUGUUCUCAUUUUCUGUGCAUACUACUACACGCCACCAGGAGGAUUUGUGUGAAGUGGCCAAGCGUGAGGAGGCAUUUGCUAUCUCUUCAGACAACCUUAUUUCUAGAAACAUCGUAAUUUCAGCUCUUCAGAAUGCUGAGAUACUUUCGUUUAUUUAUAUUCUUAAAAUAUCACUUCGAUAUUAUCUAGGUGCGCGCACGUUACGAUAUGAAACAAGAAAGAAAUAUUUUCUUUAGGCACUUCCUUAUUUUUGUUUUUAGAUUGGGGCACUAUAGUUUGACAGAUUUGGCUAACACUUUAGUAAACGUAGAAGUAUCAUACUGUAGGAUCUCCAAAAUUGCUUUGCUUCUCGCACAGUGCUUAGCCACAAUGCGCAAACUCCGCUCGUAUCACUCCUGAAUAGCAACACAAUCAGACCUAUUACUUGUAUGGGUCUAGCUGAUACCCCACUACCAAUAACAUAUAGAUACUUCUAUUCUUCAUAUUUCAUCGUACUUGUUGUUUAAACUUUUAAAAAAUACAUGUUUUAGGUACUAUUUCAAUUAAAAGAUUGGAUAAAACAGAUUAAUUUUACUCGAGACUUUGUAAAAAUUAAAAGGCACGUUUUCUUUCAAUAAUUCACUGUUACCCUAUAAUUAUUUAAUAAAAUCCAGAGAGAGAAGAAAGAGCUCAAAAUAGUAAAGUUAAUUAAAUAUUUCAAAAGUAUUUCUCUCAAAGUACGCUACGAGUUCACACAAGCUAACUCGUUUAUCGUGCACACAGAACUGAGCCCAGACAGACAAUAUAACUUUGUUGGAUCGAUUAAAUGCAGAAUUUUGAGACUCUAGGUUUUUUUUAUAAAAGAAGAAACCAAGACGCUUUCACGUCUACAAACUGUGAUAAAACCAGUGGGGUCUGAGGAAUCAACUCUGAAGCACGCCACGUUGUUUCAUAGUUGUGUGUCAGCCACAGUUAUUAAAACAAAAUUCACACAGAUUCAAAUUAUUUCCUGCAAAUUUAAUAAAAGCAUCCCACAUAUCUUAAAAUUAUUUAAUUUGAAAUGAAACAAUAGCUGUUGUAACCCCAUGUACGUAAACGUGGUGUCAAACGUAUAUAAGUUUGGAAUAGAGUAUGAAAAACAAUCUUUGCACUAACAUAAAAACUAUAUACUUAUACAUAAAUAAGGGCGGUUUUUGUGAUGGAUCUUUCCUCUGUUUUACUGUGCUAAUUAUUUGAAAAGCUUAUUAAUCUAGAAUUAUGUCUGUUUGUAAAAUGACCCCCCCUGCCAAUGAUGGUUUUCUUCUCUUCUCCACUGUAGCUUUAGGCUCCACCACGAGUCAACGUGGAUGAGGGAAUUGGCCUAUAACAAUGGAUGUCCGUAAAGUACCUACAGUAUGUACUAUACUAUACUAUACAAUACUAUGCUAUGCUAUACUAUUACGUGUUUCAGCGGUCAUCAUGAUGGCCAGAUAUUCAUAUUAUAAUAUACCUAAUAUACACUAAUAUGUAGCGAGGCCGACAGGAUCAUAGUGAGAACGGAAUUUUCCAUCCCGUUACAAUUAUAAUAUACAUGUGUAUAAUAGUCUAUAAUUUUUCAUAUUGUUGUACGAAUUUUUAAGUUUAUAUUAAAAUGUUUUGUGCAUUCAUAAAAAAUAA